AUGGGUGAUCACAUAGAAGCUGCAAAGCAGGCCUGGCACCAAGCCCAGAAGCUUCGCAAACAUCUGCAGAAGGAGAUUGAGAAGCUCAAGAGCGACUCCGAUGGCAACGACCUUAAGCAUUUCGAGGCCUUAGAGGGCGUCAUUUCCUCUCUCCGACUCGCUUGCCUCCACGUCAUAUUUCACGAUUUCGAGUAUUCCGCCACCGAAAAGGUCGAUUCCAACCUUUGGCAAGCACACAGUAUUGUCAAUAGCGAGUACCGAAAGGUUCUCGGUCGUCUGAGAUCGUCGCAGCUUGCUGUACAGAAGCGCAAACUGGAUAGGAUGUACAGCGCCUUCCUGAAGACUGCGCAGAAGUUCUACAUCGCCUUCAUCCAGCGGCUGUCCGCCGUCUACCCGAUUUCCGAGCUCCAGCGCAUUGCAGAGGGCAUCAAGGCAGAGAAGCUGGCCGAGGAGAACCCCAUGGCCAAUACCACGCCCGCUGUCCGCCAAAUCAUCCUCAAAUAUGUCCACUCAGCGCUCAUUCACCUCGGUGACCUCUCACGAUACCGGAUGCAAGCACGCCACAGGGUCCCCAGCUACGAGGCGGCCUUGACCUACUAUUCCCUCGCCCACGACAUCGUCCCCACCUCGGGCUUCGCGCACCACCAAAUGGGUAUCAUCUAUUUGGAUGAGAAGAAACACCUAGACAUUAUAUACCACUUCUAUCGUGCCAUGGCCAUCGAGGAACCUCAUCCAAUGGCUUCGCAGAACCUUGAGGCUGAGUUGAAGAGUCUCCAGGGGCCCAUCACGCCGGCUCGGCGCACCGGCCCCCCUGAUACGCAGGAGGCAUUCGUAGCCUGGUUCGUCCGGUUGCACUCUCACUUCAGCAAAGGGGAGAUCUUUUCAUCAUACCAGGAGCUCGAGAAGGAGGUGGUCAAUCAUUUGGAGAUUGCGAUCAAGGCACCAAACACUCAAGCCAUGCUCCUCAAAAUGGUCUUGCUCAACAUCUCUGCUUUUUACGCGUCCAAUGAGAAACUGAACGGCAAGUGGAAACACUAG